UGUUUCGUCAGGGUUCAUGAGUGAAGGCUGCGUUUCCGCAGCAUCCCUAGAGAUUUGUUCGAACGGGAGAUCGGGCAGUUGAUGCGCUUAUCUGCACCAGAUGAUCACAGGUGCGGCAAUCAUCAACAAUGUCAUGCUGAGGAUGCAUCGUAUACCUUCACGAUUCUGAAAAUGAUCCAGCUCUACAUGGUUUCAACCGAUAGCCCUCCCUGUGGAUCGAGCACUCUGCAUGUGGAGGCGGUGGAGGGCGUGAUGCAGAGAGUAAUUUGAGUUCGGUGUGUGUGUGCUUUUCGGCAUGUUUUGAUUGGAAGGAGCAGAUGGGUUUAUUCGGAAGGCGCAGUGCCGAGACUUGAGCCUUUGAGAGGUUCUUGGUGAUUGAACUAGGGCGAUGGGGGAGCAAUUGGGUGCGAGCGGGGUGCCCGGUGCCCCUUCCGCGAAUGGCCUGCCUGAUAUUGCUGCUGCCAAAGCCAUCAUUUGGAACGUGGAGCUCGAACGCGGCUUGCGUCUUACCAGACCAGGUGCACCUUGUGAAGCAAUUCUGAAGACAGGGCCGCGGAUGCUGUGGUGGAAUGAUGAGCCAAUCUCCUCUGUAGAAACUGCCACCCUCUACAAACUUGUUGAUGGCCAGGACAAAACCUUCGCUAAUGCAAUGGUGCAACGUCUCGCUGACUCGUUCCGAACUGGAAACAACUUUACCCGGCUAUGUAUACUGAAGGCCUUUUUUCUCGUUUCCAAGAGUAUACGACGAAGAGGACGACGUGAUGGCACCGGGUUGUUCAAAAAAGAGAGGAUUGCUAAUUACCAAGAAGUGUUGAAAAGGGUGAAAUCUGUGAUGGACAGCGGUGAUGUGGUGGCUAGGGCGUUAGCUUUGAGGAUGUUAGGCUGCCUGGGGGAGAUUGCGGCUGACAGUUUGGAUGUGCAACGGCUAGUCAUCGAGGCCCUCGAGUCACCUCAUCAGAAGGAGGUAGAGGCGGCACUCUUUGCUAUGGGAUGUCUGUGCGAGUUGUCAUUAAGUUUUGCAGAGAUUGUCUUGGAGAAAGUUGUGGAAAUCGCGAAUGCGAUGGGGUCUUCUCCGGCGACGAAACUCUCUGCAAUUAGAGUGUUCUCUAAGCUUGGAGUAUCUCCUCACCUCGCAUUUAAAGCCCAUGAGGCAGGAGAAUCUUUGAUGCUGCGUUUGCCCACUACAGAUAUUGUGUCGGCAAUGCUCACCUCACUUACGAUGCUUGCACUCAAUUCAAUUUUCACUAUUGAGAGACAGGUCGAGUUGCUGUUUGCGUACGUGAGCUCGGAUCCUCGUGCCGCGGUCCGUGCUGUUGCUCUUCACUGCCUUUCCAAACUAGCGUCCCAAGCUGCUAGAUCCUUAGUCUCGAGGAACUGGAACUUUUCUAUUCUUCUUUCUGUUGCAGAGGAUACCGCCGCAGCUCCAGCACUUCGAGUUUUAGCAUUCAAUGUCCUCCAGAAGCUAUCGGGCCAUUUCGUAAGAGUGGUAGACAGAAGCGAGUUGUUUCGCCUGCUGUUGACCGUUGAGUUAAAUCUUCUGCAAUAUGCUGGGUCAUUGAGGCGAGCAGCUCUUGAAUGCUUGGGAUCCUUUGGAUGUGAGCUUGGUUUCCUCAGGUUUUUGGCAGGGAGUGACUACCCAGAUGCUGACAAACCGACACUCGGGAGGGAGUUCACUAAGGAGGUCUCAGAAGGAGAACAAAUUAUGUACAAUGGCAACUCGAUAAGCAAAAACUUAUCCAGAAUUCCUCAAAGUAACAUGAACUUUGCAGCAAGGGUAGGAUUAUUGUUAUGCGAUACACUGGCGUUAGAAGGUUCCACCGCGUUGAUUGAUAGAAACAAGGUAACAGGAGGCGAGAUUCAGGAGACGAAGAACGAUUUUGAUCCCACAAGGCUUCAAGUUAUAACCAGACUCGUUGCGCGGCUUAUGCAGAGCUGUCCCGAGGUCUUACCCAUGAUUUUGGACUCAAUUUCUUCAUUGAUUAAAGCAGCCACACAGAAGUACGUGCAGGAUGUAAGAUUGCUGAUUGGCAAGCAAGAGGCAGUAACUUCGAUGGAUACGGAUAGCAAGGAAAGCACAGAACCGAAGGUGUCUCUGCGAGAAAGCGAAUCUGUGGGUAGUGGUCUGGAAGUUGAAUUAGAGUUUGUGUUGUCUCUUUGCCAUUGCAUGUAUGCAGGGGUUAGAGGAGCAGGGACUACAGGAAUGGAUUCAAAUUCAGCUUGUAUUAUUCUUCCAAAACUUCUGGACCUGACGAAACAAGUUUCCGGGGAUGAUUCUGCAUGUCACAUUUUAAGAGCCACUCUUCCCCCACUACUUAGAAUUUGGAGUUUAAGUGGGAGAAGUUCUAAUGACAGAAAGAACAUCGAAAGCUACAUCACCAAAUGUAUUGAUCAGAUGAGCAAAAUUGGAGAAGUUUGGGUAGCUUAUAAAGUAGCUUCGGAGGCAGCGACAAAUGGAUUCUGGUCACCCGUUUAUACUCUUGUCGACGAACUCACAAGAAAGGUUCACUCAGAAGGUUGCUACCUUUGGCUUUUAAGCCUCUCUCUUUUGGCAACUGCUGAAAGGACAGUUGGAUUCUGCAACAAGGAACAUCUGAGGUCUUCUGAUAGUCCAGUACCAACUAGCGCAGUAAAUGAUACUGAGAAGCUCAUGGAUAUUGACACAGGUUACAUGAACAGCGCAGUUCCGGAACCAAAGGACCAAGGUGAUAAUUUCACUCUUAAAUUUGGCGAUGCUGCUGCGAAAGCCAUCCCUCUUCUUCGUCAAGUAGGGAGUGUCCUUGCAGCUGGAGUAUGCUCUGAAAGGACGUUUGAAUUUCAGCGAUGGUUUGUUUCGAUUCGUCUUCGUAUGGUACAAUCUGUUACUGACAUCCUCCAAAUUUUAAAUCUAGUAUUAUCAAGCCACAGCCUGCCAAAUACAACCAAACCCGCAGUUGAUAUGAAUAUGGAUUGCGCAGUUCCAGCUUUCGAGUCUUCUGGUGUUGAUUGUGCUGUUUUCGACAACAUAUAUGAUCGGCGAAUUCAGUCCACUUUUAAAAGCGCGAAAGCGAGGGCCUCUAUAAUAUGUACUCAACUGAUGCAUCUCAGCAAAGAGCUGGAUAUCCUUGGAUUAUCGUUCCUAGGCCUGGAUGAAGAGAGCCUUGAAUGUCUUUGCGAAGCCGCGAUUAACUGCUCGUUGAUUAGCUUUUGUACCUACGCUGUGUUUACGGUGGGUUCAACUUCCGCUGACAACGUCAGGGGCCAUCCUACCGUUCAGAAUCUCCACUUUCGCUUGAAACACAUUAAUGGUUUUGAAGGUUUAGACCUUUUGCAGACUUGGAUUGGAACCAACAAUGAGUCAGAAGAUUCCCUUGUUGGAGGCUGCCCUCGUGGUGCCAUCGUUAAAGUCUGUGGUUGGGCCAUCAAGAUAAUCAGCAGGCUAGAGAGAGGGAGUCCCGUAUUGAAACAGCAAAGCAGCCUCCAGGAUGUUCCUGUGGAACCUCUGCGCUUCUUACAGCUAUUGAUUGGAGAAUGUUCACAACUUCCAUUCCCCAUUCCAAAAUACUUUUUUUGCACAAGGCCGCGUGCAGCUGUGGAAUUGUUCGUAGCCCAAACUGGAGGUGAAGAGGUCACUGAACUCUCUGUGAAACAAGGUUCUUCUCUUCUUCUGAGUAUUUGCGCUCAGCUUACUAACGUGCCUGUGGGAAUCUCUUCAAGAAUUUCUUCCCUCUUUUGUGUCCUCUCUUUUCACGGUGUUGAGAGCGCCUCGCUCGUAGAAGAAGACUUGUACGCAGAUUGGAAGCUGGGGUGGCAUGAAGGCCAAGCUUCCAACCAGUCUCUUAUAGACUUUUCUCUAGUUGAAAAACUUGUGCAACGGGCCACGUGUGACGAUGUCCAGGAUGCCAUCAAACUUGAGCAAGAGCUAUUAUUUCUGCCUACUUUAAAAGAGGAUACUUUCUCACGUAAGGGUGUCAAAGGAUCUGCAAAGAAAGCCGGGGCUUUUGGAAGGAGUUUUACUAGGUUUAUCAUGGAUCAAAAAGGAAAAGGGUUUUCCUCUUGCAAUCUGGAUGUUGCAUCAUUUCCAGUUGGUCAAUACCAGUUAUCCUUCGAGUCUGUGGGCGUAGAUACCAACAACAGACCAUGGGUUCUUAUCCCUUCGCGCAUUCGUGAAACUUUAAAGAUCACUGCGAGUAGCACGAAUGUCUGAGUUGUCUGGUUGAUUUUAACGCCUUUGCAGUGGUACUUUCAAGCCAUUUUUUGGUUUGUUGGCAUCUUAAUCGCGCAUACGUUCAGCACAAGGUUUUGACAGAAUGCUCAAAAACAUGCGGCGUGCUUUUCAGCAGCGUGACGAAUGUUCGCAGUAGGGAAUGUAGUGGAAGCUGAAACGAAUCAUGGAGUUGGUUUUCAAUUCCAGAAAAUGUUAGACUUCCACCCACCUUGUUGCUAGAGCUGAUACUAACUAACGUUUGUAUCUCGGCAUGUUCAGGAAUUUGGGACCUUACUACCUUGAGGUUGUUAUGAUUGUUUGCAACCUUUGCUAUGAAUUCAAAACUUGGACAAUUUGCAAGUUU